CAAAUACUAGUACCAACGCGCAUCGUCUCCAAACGCUCUCUAACGAUCAUCACACGCCGAGCAACGCGCGAAGAAAGUCGCUCGAACAGAUUGAAGAAGGCAGUGUAUUUAAGACCGAAGAAGUAUGUAGUAGUAUCCGCCAUGAUCGCCAUAAGUAUAUAUUUUUACUCGUGCUCUAUUCGCAAAUACGCAGUUUUUGUCAUGUCAUGGAACCUCGUUUGUAGCUGUGCAUGUCUACCUGUGAGGUCCCUAGGUUCUUCAUCAACAAGUUAUUUACGAGCACAUGAAUCAUUAUCCUCUUCAUUUUUAACACUUUCCGCUUCCUGCAGUUAUUUGGAUGAAAUAGAUAGCAUUAGCGAUUAUACUAGCUCUAAUACCACUGGGCAUGGAGCUUCAAACAAGCAGAGCACUCGUAGUUUGCUUGCUGACAGUUUGUUACGAGAGCAAGAGCGGCAAGAGGCGAUCAUUGAGUCGCAUCGACAGCGUCAGGAAGAAUUAAGGAUUGCAAGUUGGCCUAUCUCACUCUCAAAGCAUAUCUAAAUCUAUGGCCUCCUAUUUUCAAGGGGGCAAGGAAUAGAUAUACGACCUAUUUUUAGACCUUACUAGAUGAUAGGAGUCAAGAACUUGCAACCGCUAAAAGAAGAGGAACACAAACGCCACAGCACAGCAGGAACCGGUCGCUUCGAGGACCGCGACGAGUCUCAGAGAUGGCACGAUGAAGACAGUGUAGCAGUGGACAAGAAUGAUGGAGUGGCGCUGGAUGGACGUGGAAAUGCAGACGAUAGCCUUGAUCAAGUGGAAAGACAGACAGCCAGUAGACCGAGCAGUAGGGAGAGAGAGGGGCAAACUUUGCUGGGCGCGAGGCGUGCGAGUUUCUGCUCGGAUCAAGAGAAAGCGCGAAUUUUGGAGGAUGAG